UCGAUUAACUUCAAGAAAUCACAUCAAGGAACAGGCACCCGAUGCUUCGCCUUUAAAUAUAGAAAUAUUAUUGGUCUAGACCUACAGUUCUAUCUUCUUGGAAGCCCAAGACUGGGAUCUAAACUAUAUAAUUUAUAAUUUUGAGCUGGCGGAAAAUAUGGCAGAGGUCAAAACAAUCAUUUUAGUGCUGCUGUUUCUUUUCGGGUGCCUGAUGAUAGCUUCAGCGGCCCGUGACGCUCACUCCCCCCGUAGGAGUCGGCUUAGUGAUAACCACAUUCCCGUUAAAAUUUCGAGGAAGUGCGGUGGUGGCGGUGCCUGUGAUAAUAAACCAAACAUAAUAUUCAUUCUCACAGAUGAUCAAGAUGUCACCAUGGAUGCUAUAAGUCCCAUGACAAAUACAUUGAACCUACUCGGGAAACAAGGCAUGACUUUUAAAAACAUGUUUACAACUAGCCCCCUUUGUUGCCCCAGUAGAUCGAGCAUCCUAACUGGCAAUUACAUUCAUAACCACGGGGCCAUGAAUAAUACUGUGAGUGGAAAUUGUAGCAGUACCGCAUGGCAACAGGGACCUGAGAAAAAGACAUUUGCCACCUAUCUGCACAAUGCUGGUUACAGAACUUUCUUUGCUGGGAAGUAUUUAAAUCAGUAUGGAGGGAAGAAUGUUGGAGGCUUACAGCACAUUCCACCUGGAUGGGACGAGUGGAUUGCUCUGAAAUUCAACUCUAGAUACUACAAUUUCUCACUCUCAGUGAAUGGCAAGGAGGAGGUUCAUGGCGAUGAUUAUCAUAAAGACUAUCUCACAGAUAUCAUUAAUAAUAGAUCUAUAGAAUUCCUAGAUAAGCAGUCAGGAUCAACACCUUUCUUUGCAAUGAUGUCCACACCUGCCUGCCAUUCACCUUUUGACUCCGCCCCUCAGUACGUGUCACACUUCACAGAUAAGAAGGCACCUAGAGGCCCAAGCUUUAAUAUUCAUUCAACAGACAAACAUUGGCUGAUAAGGAGGGCCCAGAACCCAAUGUCCAAUGAAUCUAUCACAUACUUGGAUGAUGCUUUCAGAAAAAGGUGGAGGACGCUACUAUCUGUAGACGACAUGGUGAAGAACGUUGUUACGCUGCUUGAAAAGAAGAAGUUGAUUGAUAACACUUUCAUCAUCUUCUCCUCAGAUAAUGGCUUCCAUUUGGGUCAGUUUUCACUCCCUAACGACAAGCGACAACUCUACGAGUUUGACAUCAGAGUGCCCCUCAUCGUCCGAGGCCCUGGCAUCCCUCCUGGAACCACCAGCGAUAAGCUUGCUGCUAAUGUUGAUAUCAUGCCAACAAUCGUCAACAUGGCGACCGGUAAAGCCCCCUCUGAUGUCGAUGGGAUGAGUCUCAUACCUCUUCUCAUUCCCAAAAAUACUACGAAUAGAAUCCCCAAGAAAGCAAAGGCCAGUGUCCCGUGGAGGCAAGAGAUAUUAAUAGAGCAUACUGGGGAGUGGAAUGCCCAGGGAUUCAAGGGAUGUCCGCAUACAGAAUUUCUCGACUCUUGCUUUCCGUCCUGCGUCUGCGAAGAUGCCAGGAAUAAUACCUAUGAGUGCAUACGUACUCUAUCUGAUACGUCGGGUGCCAAUCAUAUGUACUGCAAUUUUGCUGAUCUCGAGAACUUCCAAGAAUUCUACAAUCUCACUGCAGACCCUCACCAGAUGACAAACAUCAUCGGCAAGCUCGAUCCCAAAUUCGUCACCUCUCAGAACGAGAAACUGAUCGUACUGAGCUUGUGCAAAGGAGCUUCUUGCAGACAGGUCACACCGCCACCACCGCCACGCUCAAAACAUGGCAGUUCGGUUGAUGCUGCUUAAUAUUAACCAAGUCAGAUGGACCUAGCCAGUGUAGUGAUAACUCUCAAAUUUGAAUGUAACACAUUUUUUUGGAAUGCACCUAGUAAUUAUAUUGGAAUAGAAGCUUUAUAUUUUCAAUGAAAGGAGUAGAUAAAUAUCUUUGAACCAAGGUUUAAUCUGUAGAUUUGGGAUGUUGUGUUCUAGUUCAUCUUGAUUGUGCAAUAGAACAGUGGUAGGGUGGUAGUGUGACUGGCUGGC